CCCGAACCCAGAGAAACCAAACACCGACCUUAAGCUUCUCCAGCCCUAUCUCUGUCGUCCGCCACCGACCGACGACUCACCAGUGAUAGUCGACCACUCCUGUCAUUAUCGACACGUCAGUGGUGGUAGCUUGUUCAAUUGACGACUGAAGAAGGAGAUUCGACGAGUGACAGUAAUGCGUUCUUGACGGAAUUUGACAUUUCGCGGCGACUUGGGCCGGUAAUAGCAACGCUUGAGGGGUGGGGGUGAUCUGUUAAGGCAGCUUCAUGAGCUGGCUGAAGCUGAGCUAAAACUCUCUGAGCAUCAGAAAAAGUUGACUGAGAUUGAAGCUAAGAUAAGAGAGAUUCAGCCUCUUCACAAGAAGUUCAUGGAGCUUAAACAACAGUUAGAACUCAAAUCAUAUGACCUUAAAUUAUUUCAGGGCAGGGCUGAACAAAAUGAGCAUCACAAGAUUGGUGAAUUAGUAAAGAGGAUUGAGCAAGAGCUACAAGAAGCUAAUACUGCAGCCAAAGAAAAGAAACUUUUGCAUGAAGAUUGUGUGAAUAAAGUGUCAUUUCUUGAGAAAUCAAUCAAAGAGCAUGACAACAGUCGGGAGGGAAGGCUGAAAGAUUUGGAAAAGAAGAUCAAAGAGACAAAAGCUCUACUCCAGUCAGCUUCAAAGGAUCUCAAGUUAAGUUUUAUUAUUGCUAAGAUUUAAUAGAAAUAUCGUCCAUGGGAUCUCAUUGAGCUUACUUUAUUUGAAACAACUUGUUUGAUGAUGUUCAUUGUUAGAUAGUGGAUCUUGUGAUCGUUUGGCUGGCCUGCUGAAACCACCUAUCAAAUUUUGGAUCUCAUACUAUUAUAAGUGUAAUUCCUAAAAGAAUUUCUAUGUUUGACAUAUUUUAUAU